AUGUUAGGUUUUUUGACAGCUAUAAAGGGGACCAUUUCUAUUUACUUUCCUAUAUUUGUCAUGCCAUUUAUGGCAAGCUCCGAUGUGGCGAUCCUCUUACCACAAGAUCUACUGAGCUUGUCCCCUGGGUCACCACUGCUAUGGGAGGUUGUUGUUCUUGUGACCUCACUCUCCCCACCUAGAGUUUACAUUCAUCCGGGUGGACUGGCAUGGAGUGGACUAGAAGGAUCUUCAAGCCGUAAAAACCAGAAGAAUGUUUGUCUGCUAGAACUACAUCAGCUGAUCUCAGAACUAGCCAAUGAAAAGGCAGCCACCCAAACUCUUAAAAAAGUGGAGCAGGCUAUUUUAAGAGCAAUCAGAGUGGCUGGAAAAUAUUCUAAACUUUCCAUUACAUGUGAGAGAUGUUUUCAGAUGAUCGAGGUUGUUUUUAUUUUCAAUUCAUCCUUUCACCCUUUUAUUUUUGAGAUAAAACCUAGUCAGUAUUUGGAUCACUUGAGCUCACUGAGUGAUUACCUGCUAGAGCUAAAUAUACUGGAGGACAUAACCGCUAUGGUGAUGUCAAGGGUAUCAACUGCUGAUGAUGUUUUUACAAUACUCUUUACUUUAGGAGUUACACAAUAUGACAAUAACAAGGGUCAAGUUUGUAAUUUGGAUGGUUCUAUGUGCUUGAAAGAGAAAGAUUUAAUUUUUCUUCUGGAUACAAGAAGAGAACAGAAGAGUUCUAAAAAUUGGAAAAGAUUAUAUCCUUCAUCCAUUCCAUGUGAGAUUUUUUCCUCAAAAAGUUUACUUCAAGAUGUAAACUUCCUGUCUUCACAUUUUGCAAGGCUGGAAUUAGUGGCUUUAAGCAUGGAGAAAUAUUUUUUAUGCCCAACAGAUAUUUUUGAUAAAUAUUUUAAAGAGUUGAUCACAGAUAUUAAAAACUUUGAUAUGUCUCAACACUUGUUUUCUUAUAUAGGUCCACAUUUAAGUGUUCAAGCCUGUCAAAAUGAUACUGCUGUUUCAACCCAACUACUUGCCAUCAACACCCACCCAUUUAUUCAACUGUACCCUGAGUUCUCUCCCCUGACAAGAGAGUACUUGGCCUUUGUUGAUUAUGAUUUUACCCUGGUCCAAAUUGAAGCCAUUCCUAAGCACUGUCAGGCUGUUGUCAGACUCACUGAUUUACAUGAUGGUGAUAGUUCCUAUAACUUUAGUAUUGGAGUUGGAGAGAACAACAUAGAUCUGAGAGUUAUUGUUAAAGAUAACAUGUACUUGGAUGAAGUAAACACAUACAAAAUAAAAAUACACAGAUACAGUAUUGACCACAAUGUUGACGGCAUUGAUUCCGGUACUUCAGUUUUUCCAGUUUGUCAGAUUCAACAGGACUGUUCACUGCCUGUAUCAAUCACUGAGUCGUGUGGGCUACAAACUUCAGCUUUUGGUAGCUGGAAUCACUUCAUAAAGUAUCACUCAACGUUGCCAGUUUGUGGAGGCCAACAUUUUUCUGGUCAAUGGAUGGUGCCAUGUAAAAACUGUAAUGACAGUCACUCCUGUAACUGGAGCAAAGCUAUCUGGCACCAGGCAGGCUGCAGGGAGAGAAGUCUGUCAACAAGGGAGAUACAGAAAUGUUUCUCUGGAAAAAGGGUUUUAUAUAUUGGUGACUCAACCAACCGAGGGAUCUUCCAUUACGCCAUUGAAAGGGUCAACGGGUCACUGACCCAGUGGGACAUCACACACAACAUCAAAGUCUACGACAGCCUCAACCUGGGUCAGACAGACUUUGGAUUUGCAUACUUCCCACAGUUUUGGCUACCACUAGACCAAAGGCCCUUGUUUGAUAAAGCACUUUCUCAACUUCUUAAAAGAACCUCAAAUAAUCUUGAUCCAGUUUUUGUUUUGGGAGGAGUGCAGUGGCUUACAACCAAUCACAUUGAUACUCUCAUUUCCUACUUAAAGAGGCAGGGCCUGGGUAAUGCUAAAGUUAUUGUUAAAGGAUUCGGAGCUGGGUUUUAUCAGCCUGUAAGGGGCCUCCACCAGUUAACUGCAGGUGACUACCAAAAACUGGCCAGAAAGAACCAGGAGCUUCUGUCUUAUGCAAUCAGGCAAGGUUUCUCCAUAGUGGACACAUUUAGCAUGACAAUGGCCAGGUACAAGGACUUCAUGCAAGGCAAAUGUACUUGCCAUUUUCACAAGGUUCAAGAUACAAAGAUCUCAGUGAAAAACAGACUGAGUCACACCAUAGCCAUGCCAGUGGAUCACACAAUGAGAUACCAUGUGGAAGGGGACAUAAACAGAGUUUAUUCAGAGAUGGUUAUAAAUAGGAUUUGCUCCCCUCACCAAGGGGGGUAACUUAAUUUGAUUGUUAAUAUCUAAAUGGCACAUGUGAUAUUUUAAGAAACUGUUGUUUUAAUGUGUUCUAGAAGGCUAUUAUACUUUAAUGGAUCAAUUUAUGUCUUAGACUCACACUUUAAUUAUUGAUACAUUU